AUGUCGGAAGAGUAUCAACAUAUAUUAACUGACACAGAUGCUGUAUCGUUUGAUGCUUUCCAAUGCAUUGACUACCUUAGGCUCUACCCACAUAAUAUAGGUGUACAUCAAUUUCUAGUCAAGAAACUUCGCGCCUUCCCAUAUGACGAGUUAGAGUUCUUCAUUCCCCAGCUAGUUCAACUAUUUGUUGCGUUCGAAACCGAAUCUAUGGCUAUUGAAGAUUUUCUAAUGGAGUACUGUACUUUGUACCCUCAUUUCAGUUUAAUCGUCUUUUGGUCUUUGCAAGCUUACAUCUUCGAAUUGAGAAAUGAUCCAGAGUCGUAUUCUUUCCAAGCAGUCAGAAGGUUUAUCAAUAAUUUGCAGAAUGUGAUAUUUAAUACCGACGUUUCGAUGAAGGUUCAUUCACAUCAUAUUGAAUUUCGGGAAAACUUACAGCCAUCCGUGAUUCUAUGUGGAAUGAUUGCAGCCUCCAUUGCAGCUCCUAGAGUAAAUGAAUAUGCCAGUGGGCUAAUCAGGUCUCAAGGAAGGCAGCAAAAGUCUUUUGUAUUUAAGUUGGCUAACUUUCAGAAAACAUUGACGAAAAACCUUACCAUGAAAAAUACAAGACUUUCAUUGGAGGGGGGAACUGCCACCUUAUCUGACGACGAAACAAUAUUUACAACUAAGUCGAGUGGCUCAAAUCGAAAAAUCAGUUUACCCAACAACGACGUAUUGCAAAGGUCAUCUUCAUUGUCUCAUUUAUCCACUUCCAGGAAAGUUAGCACAUCUCUGGUUUUCCUGUCUGAUAAUGACUCUGAAACAUACACUACGGAUGACGAUUUAGAAUUAAAGCUUGCGUCCGUCAAGACACACGAGUCAAGGAACGAGUCAGAUUAUGAAGUGAGCCAUAAAAAGUUCUCUGAUAUCGAGGAAAAAUUAAAGAUUAAUACGCAGAUCAAGUCCAAGAAGAGUAUAAGAAGGAGUGGAUUAGGAAAUGAGAUUCUCGACGAUGACAAAAAAUACAAAUAUACCUCAAAUGUAGAUCAGAGUUUUGUUUCACGUUCCAUGCCCGAUUUGUCGAAGUCUGGUUCAGACUCCCAACAAGAUCGACCAUAUUUGUCAAAGGUAGAGUCUGCAUCUUCCGUAUUUAAUGCAAGACAUUCAACAGAAGAAGAACAUCCAGGAAACACCGCUAUUCAACCUAGUCAGUACAGUAGCCAGGAGGGUUUAAAAUUAUUACAGGUUAAUUACGCGCGCAAAGAAACGGAAUUCAUUAUGUCAUUGCAGAAUAUAUCGAUAAGAUUGUCGCAAGUCCCAAAGGAGGCAAGACUUUCCGCGUUAAGAGCGGAACUCUCUAUUAUAAAUCAAAAAGAUCUCCCUUCUGAGAUUGACAUCCCGCAAUUAUUACCCGUCACCAGUAACAAGAAUAAAAAGUAUCAUAAGAUUUUGAAGCUUAACGUAAACGAGGCUUGUGUGCUCAACUCUGCCGAGAGAGUUCCAUUCUUGUUGCUUAUCGAGUACUUAAGUGAUGAGAUGGACUUUAAUCCAUUCAGUGAGGAGAAUCAAAAAAUUCUCAAGUCAAGAAUUAGCUCACACCAUGAGACUAGAAAUAGAAAUGAAAGUAAUGCUUUACCGAAGGCCGGUCAAUAUAAGACUGUAUUGAAUGAUUACAAUUCACUUGAUGAUACCUUGGAGGGGGAAGCGGAUCUCAGUGAUAUGAAAUUAGUUUAUAGAAAGGAAACUUUGCGCGAUUUAGAUAAUCCAGUCCUACUUACUGAACGUUUAUCUCAAGUUUCUCUUCAAGAUGAAGGGGGAUUUGAAGUACCCGCAUUACCAGCAUCCAAUCCCGACGUACCCACGAAGGUUCUUGCUGAUCAGAUGAGAAUUGCUUCUGUUAUGUUACAACAAUUAGAAAGUUCAGGAAAAUCCACAUCUGAACAAUCGCAAGCUAUCAGGAAGAGAAUUAUCGAAUCCAUGAAAUCCUUACAAGAUCAAUUUGAUUCCAUUGAUUAUAAUAAGAUAAAACAACUUGAAGGAAACAUUCAUAAUGCGGGAGAAAGAAAAUUAGAAAAUGAUUUUAAACUUGGAGAGGAUUGGAAUACGAAGAAAUUGAGAAUAAGAAAAUCCAGUGUUUACGGUCAUCUUAAGAACUGGGAUCUUUGCUCAGUAAUUGUCAAAAAUGGUGAUGACUUACCUCAGGAAGCAUUUGCUUGUCAGCUCAUAUCCAUGAUAUCUAACAUUUGGAAGAAGAGAGGGAUCGGUGCUUGGACCAAACGUAUGAAGAUUCUAAUUACGAGUGCCAAUGCAGGCUUGGUAGAAACAAUUACCAAUGCAAUGUCAAUUCACUCAAUCAAAAAAUCAUUAACUGAGUUGUCAAUUACGGAAGGUGAAAAUACCAAAGGAAGAAUCUUCACUUUAAAAGAUUAUUUCGAAAGGAUGUACAGCCAUGAAGACUCACACAAGUACAAGCAAGCACAAAACAAUUUUGCUUCUAGUUUGGCGUCUUACUCUAUAAUUUGUUACGUUCUUCAAAUAAAGGAUAGACAUAACGGUAACAUUAUGCUUGAUAAUGAGGGCCAUAUCAUUCAUAUUGACUUUGGAUUCUUACUUUCAAAUUCACCUGGAAGCGUUGGAUUUGAAGCUGCACCAUUCAAAUUAACCGGAGAAUACGUGGAUGUCUUAGGGGGGGUUGAUUCAGAAGCUUUCACAAAAUUCAAGAAAAUCUGUAAAGAUUGUUUUAGUGAGCUUAGAAAGAAUAGUGAUCAAAUUGUUAACAUUGUGGAAUUGAUGCAAAAGGACUCAAGUCUUCCAUGCUUUAAGAAUGGAGAGAAUACAAGUGUAUUAUUAAGGCAAAGACUUCAACUUCAUUUAUCCGAUGAAGAAUCAGACUCAUUCGUUGAGAAUAUAUUGAUUGGAAAGAGUCUUGGAAGUAUGUACACGAGAUUGUACGACCAAUUCCAGAUGGUUACACAAGGGAUUUAUAGCUGA